UCUACACUUUAUUACAUGUUUGUUUCAUGUCCACAAACUCAAUCUCUCUGCACUUCAUCUUCCUGUCACUGUGUUCUGUGUUUGAGUUAAUCACAUAGUCACAUGUAAUAUAUAUGCAUGUAUGUAAUGUCUUCAGUUUGCUCUUAUGUUGGUGUAGUAAUUCCUCAAUGGAGGAGGGCUAGUAUGCAUGAAUCCAACAAGUUUGAUUUCUGGGUGUUUUUGUUACAUUCCAAGAAGAAGAUUAGGCCUUUUAGGGUUUCUUCAGCUUUAAGUGAUGACCAUGUACCAGCUCCUAUUCAGACAAGGAAGAGUUAUGAUCAAUCCGAGGAGUUCUUUGGACUUUCCUCACAGAGACAUCCAAGUCUCAGUGAAGCUUCAGUAUCUGAUGCUAUAAAGCCAAGAUCCUGGUUUGGUCCAAACGGACAGUAUAUAAGGGAACUGCCUUGCCCAAGUUGCAGGGGAAGAGGUUACACUCUAUGUACAGAAUGCGGAAUAGAAAGAUCUAGAAAAGAUUGUGCCCAGUGUGAUGGCAAGGGAAUGAAUACUUGCGAGCAGUGCAAGGGAGAUCGUGUAAUAUGGGAAGAGUCAAUCGAUGAACGGCCAUGGGAAAAGGCACGAUCAAUUUCUCCAUUCAAAGUAAGGGAAGAUGACGUAGUAGACAAUCUAGAGUUAAAUCUUAAGAGGAAGAGGAUAUCAAAGCGUGUUUACCAAUCCUCACCACCGGAAGUUAAUUUAAAGAUCAGCAGAUCGUUGAAAAGCCUAAAUGCCAGAACUGGACUAUUUAGCAACAGAAUGAAGAUUAUUCAUGGCGAUCCCAUGCUUCAUGCGCAAAGAGUGGCUGCAAUUAAGAAAGCUAAAGGGACUGCUGACGCAAGGAAGCAUGCAUCUGAAACUAUGAAAGAUUACUUUCGUGAUCCUGAGAACCGACGCAAGAGAAGCAUUUCCAUGAAAGGAAUAAAAUUUUAUUGCAAGAACUGUGGAUGUGAAGGACACAGAAAGCACUACUGCCCAAAACUCAAGGAUAAUUCAACAGACAGACGAUUCAAAUGUCGCUUGUGUGGGAAAAAGGGCCAUAACAGGAGAACAUGUCCAGCAUCCAGAUCAAAUGAACCAGGGAACAAAAUCACAAGGAAUCACCGUUGCAGAAAAUGCGGGCUAAUUGGACACAAUAUCAGGACUUGCCAGCAGAAUAGACAAGAGAAAGUCGCAACUGCUCCAAUCAAAGAUUUCAUUACCAUUGCUAAACGAACUUACACUUGCCGGCUAUGCCUGAAGAAAGGCCACAAUAUCAGGACAUGCCAGAGUAAAAAUGUUCUGCCUCUUAACCUGUAAUGCUUAGAAGCAUAAGAUUCUUUUUUUCUUAGUUUGAUUCAAAGCAGAUGAUUGGUUCAUUUAUAGUACUUGGGUAUUGGAACAAAAUUAAAUCCAGAACUGGAGGCUGAAGAUUUACAUUAUUUUCAAUAAUUUUCUUGCUAGUUUAUCUAAAAUAGCAUUGUUGUAAUUUCACAAAUUGUGACAAUCCACCCAGGCAUAAUCAUAUGUUCAACAUAAUGAUUUAUGAAAAGUUCCUUCUUUUCUUU